UUACAAAUUAUUUUCUCUUGCUAGGAGGCAGGUGGAAGUCAUCAUAAAGUUUCUGUUUCACCCGUUGUCCAUGUUCGAGGACUCUGUGAAUCUGUGGUGGAAGCGGACCUUGUGGAGGCUCUGGAAAAAUUUGGGACAAUAUGCUAUGUGAUGAUGAUGCCAUUUAAACGGCAGGCUCUCGUGGAAUUUGAGAACAUAGAUAGUGCCAAAGAAUGUGUGACAUUUGCUGCGGAUGAACCUGUGUACAUUGCUGGUCAACAGGCUUUUUUCAACUAUUCUACAAGCAAAAGGAUCACUCGGCCAGGAAAUACUGAUGAUCCAUCAGGAGGCAACAAAGUUCUUCUAUUAUCAAUUCAGAAUCCUCUUUAUCCAAUUACAGUGGAUGUUUUAUAUACUGUAUGCAACCCUGUUGGAAAAGUGCAACGUAUUGUUAUAUUCAAGAGAAAUGGGAUACAAGCAAUGGUGGAGUUUGAAUCAGUCCUUUGUGCCCAGAAAGCUAAAGCAGCACUCAAUGGAGCAGAUAUAUAUGCUGGAUGUUGCACACUAAAGAUUGAAUAUGCAAGGCCAACUCGUCUAAAUGUUAUUAGGAAUGACAAUGACAGUUGGGACUACACUAAACCAUAUUUGGGAAGACGAGAUAGAGGAAAGGGUCGCCAGAGACAAGCCAUUUUGGGAGAACACCCUUCUUCGUUUAGACAUGAUGGCUAUGGAUCGCAUGGUCCGUUGUUGCCUUUACCGAGUCGUUACAGAAUGGGCUCUCGAGAUACACCUGAGCUUGUUGCAUACCCAUUACCGCAGGCUUCUUCCUCUUACAUGCAUGGAGGAAAUCCCUCUGGUUCGGUUGUGAUGGUUAGUGGAUUACAUCCGCUAAAAAUGAAUUGUUCAAGAGUGUUCAACCUAUUCUGCUUAUAUGGAAAUAUUGAAAAGGUAAAAUUCAUGAAGACCAUUCCUGGUACAGCACUGGUAGAAAUGGGUGAUGAAUAUGCUGUGGAAAGAGCUGUCACACACCUUAACAAUGUCAAAUUAUUUGGGAAAAGACUUAAUGUUUGUGUGUCUAAACAACAUUCAGUUGUUCCAAGUCAAAUAUUUGAGCUGGAGGAUGGUACGAGUAGCUACAAGGAUUUUGCAAUGAGCAAGAAUAAUCGCUUUACAAGUGCUGGCCAAGCAUCUAAGAAUAUAAUCCAGCCGCCCUCGUGUGUGCUGCAUUAUUAUAACGUUCCACUGUGUGUCACAGAAGAGACCUUCACAAAGUUAUGUAAUGACCAUGAAGUUCUUACAUUCAUCAAAUAUAAAGUGUUCGAUGCAAAACCUUCUGCCAAAACCCUUUCUGGGCUCUUAGAAUGGGAAUGCAAAACUGAUGCAGUAGAAGCCCUUACAGCACUUAAUCACUACCAGAUAAGAGUUCCAAAUGAUUCCAACCCUGAGGGUUCCAAAGCACACACACACACACUCACACUGCUAUGGCUCCCAGCCCCCAAGACAGCCACUUCCUAAUGCCUGGGACCUGUG